AUGGCGAGUCCUGCAAAGGAUAACUAUCGAAUGAAGAGUUACAAGAACAAAGCCCUAAAUCCCGAGGAAAUGCGUCGGAGAAGAGAAGAGGAAGGAAUUCAACUGCGCAAACAGAAACGAGAGCAACAGCUCUUUAAAAGAAGAAAUGUGGAGUUGAUCAACGAAGAUGCCUCCAUGUUUGAUAUAGGCUGUCAUGACUCUGAUGCCUUAAAUAAUCUUAGUGUAAAACAAAGCCAUUAUUCUGUCUCCUUUACAUCUUUUCAGGAGGGAGUAAUCACAAGAGAGAUGGUAGAGAUGCUUUUCUCAGAUGAUCCUGAUCUACAGCUAGCGACCACUCAGAAAUUCAGGAAGCUACUCUCCAAAGAGCCGAAUCCUCCAAUAGAUGAAGUGAUAAACACUCAGGGAGUGGUGGACAGAUUUGUUGAAUUCCUGAAACGAAGUGAAAAUUGCACACUACAGUUUGAAGCAGCGUGGGCACUGACGAACAUUGCAUCAGGAACUUCCCAACAAACAAAAAUAGUAAUUGAGGCUGGGGCAGUUCCAAUAUUUAUAGAGCUGUUAAACUCUGACUUUGAGGAUGUUCAAGAACAGGCUGUCUGGGCAUUGGGGAACAUUGCUGGAGACAGCUCUGUAUGUAGAGAUUAUGUCCUUAACUGCGCUAUUCUUCCUCCCUUAUUAAUGCUCCUUACGAAGUCCACCAGGUUGACAAUGACACGAAAUGCUGUCUGGGCCUUGUCAAACUUGUGCAGAGGAAAGAGUCCGCCACCUGAAUUUGAUAAGGUAUCUCCCUGCCUGCCAGUGUUGUCCCGAUUAUUAUUCAACAGUGACUCUGACUUGCUGGCAGAUGCGUGCUGGGCUCUUUCCUACUUAUCAGAUGGUCCCAAUGAGAAAAUCCAAGCAGUUAUUGACUCGGGAGUGUGUCGGCGACUGGUGGAGCUGUUAAUGCACAAUGACUACAAAGUGGCCUCCCCAGCUUUGCGAGCGGUUGGCAACAUCGUGACGGGGGAUGACAUCCAGACCCAGGUGAUUCUGAACUGUUCAGCCCUGCCUUGUCUCCUUCAUUUAUUAAGUAGUCCCAAGGAGUCAAUCAGGAAAGAAGCCUGCUGGACUAUAUCUAACAUCACAGCAGGAAACAGAGCACAAAUACAGGCAGUCAUAGAUGCAAACAUUUUCCCGGUACUGAUAGAAAUCUUGCAGAAAGCAGAAUUCCGCACAAGGAAAGAGGCAGCAUGGGCUAUUACAAAUGCAACGUCGGGAGGAACUCCCGAACAGAUCAGAUACUUGGUAAACCUGGGUUGUAUCAAGCCUCUUUGUGACCUGCUGACUGUCAUGGACUCCAAGAUUGUUCAGGUGGCAUUGAACGGCCUGGAGAACAUACUGAGGCUUGGAGAGCAGGAGGCCAACCAGAGUGGGACAGGCAUCAACCCGUACUGCAGCCUGAUUGAGGAGGCCUAUGGUUUGGAUAAGAUAGAGUUCCUACAGAGCCAUGAGAACCAAGAGAUCUACCAGAAGGCCUUUGACCUGAUUGAGCACUACUUUGGAGUAGAGGAUGACUCCGCUCUAGCUCCCCAGGUAGAUGAGAACCAGCAGCAAUUCAUCUUCCAGCAACCUGAAGCCCCCAUGGAAGGUUUCCAGCUAUAAUGUGCCCGGGCGGGGAAAAGAACACCACAAACUUGCCAGAAAGCAACUGGGAGCAGCUGAUUGUCCCAUCCCCUCCUUGCAAAUGGAAGGCUAAACACCCACUCCACCUGUUAGGAAACUCUUCUUCCUUCAAACAGCUAGAAACAGUGCUUUGUCCUCACGGAAAGAAGGGGAUGUUCUUACACUUUUUUUUCUUUUUGCUGCUGCAUAUGUGUCUUUAAAGCAGGCAUCUGGGUGGAGGAAGGACACUGAGGUAACAGAUUGCACCUCUUGGUUCAUUUUCUUCUUUGUGGUGAUCUCUCCCAAAUGUCACUUCUUACCUCGGGUACUUAAUUGAGAUUUCAGCAUUGGGUUGGGUAAGAACACAAAUAGAAAGUAAGCAUUCUGACAACAAUAAUUCUGGAAACCUGGGUUGAUCUAUUUAAUUUUUUUUGCACAUGUUACUCUUCAUUAAAGACUCUAAUUUGCCAAGAGCAAAGUUUAGCCCUGGCCUUUCUGCAACCCUCCUUCAGUGGACAGUCCUGUUGAACCUGGGCCAAGUUCCCCUGAAAUAUACUGUAAAUGGACAGAGAAAUGGGAAGUUCUCCCACUCCUGGGAAGAUUUUUCUGGGGAGAAGGCUUCUUCCCUUUGUCUAGAUUUUUUUUUGUUUGUUUUUUGAAGAACUGCUAGUGGUAUUUACAAGGA